UGCAUAGAUUGUAAGCGUAAUCCUGAUGGCAUCUGGCGUUCCGGCUGCUCCGGAGAGAGUAUGUGCUUUCGAGCCAUCGGUGUGGAAUGACUUCUUUAUCCAAUACGAGCCAGAGACACUUGAGAUACCAGAAGAGUGCAUGAGGGCGAAAGUGGACAAACUUAGGGAGGACGUUCUCAAGUUAUUUAAGACGUUGAACGGUAGUAUGGUAGAUAAACUUACUUUAGUGGAUACACUGCAGCGUCUCGGAAUAGACCACCUAUUUCAAGAACAGAUCAACAUGGAGAUGAAUGAAAUUCACAAGAGUGAGUUCAGCGGUGAUAGCCUCUAUGAAGUUGCUCUCCGCUUUCGCUUGCUUCGAGAGCAUGGACUUUGGGUAUCUAAUGAUGUAUUCAAUAAAUUUAGGGGUGAUGAUGGGAGUUUCAACAACGAUAUGGUCACUAUUGAACAAAGGGGAGUGUUAGGUCUAUACAACGCUGCCUACCUUUCAAUCCAUGGCGAAUCGGAACUCAAUGAAGCUAUCUCUUUUUCAAGGAAUCAUCUUGAAUCCAUCUGUGGUGUCCUUAAGUACCCUUUAUCUGAGCAAAUCAAACGGAACCUUGAAAUACCAUAUCCAAGGACUCUGAAAAGAAUAGAUGCGCCACACUAUAUUGCAGAGUACAAACACGAGGAAACAUGCAAUCCUUCUGUGCUAGAGCUUGCAAGGCUAGACUUCAAUCUUCUGCAACGUCUUCACCAGACGGAACUUAUUGCUUUUUGUCGGUGGGGAAAUGACCUAUAUGAUGAAGUGGGACUAAGCUACUCUCGGAAUCGUAUAGUUGAAUGCUACUUCUGGUCCUACACAAUGCACUAUGAAGAAAAACAUGGACAAGCGCGAACAAUUCUUGCCAAGUUAUUUGCGCUGUCGUCCCUGUUGGAUGACACUUUUGAUAUGCAUGCUAUUUUGGAAGAUGGCCGAAAGCUUAAUGAGGCCAUACAAAGAUGGGAUGAGAAAGCUAUUCCUUUUUUACCUGAGUACCUGAAGAAGUACUAUGUCAGGUGUAUGAUUACUUUCAGAGAGUUUGAGGACGAACUGAAACAAGAUCAGAAGUACCGUGUUCUUUAUUGUAGAAAAUCGUUCCAAAGUUUGUGCAAACAUUACCAACAGGAAUCUGAAUGGUUUCAUGCUAGUUACAUACCAACCUUUGAAGAUCAUGUGAAAUGCUCAAUCAUCUCCGCGGGUACUCCAUCGCUAAUCAUCGGUUCACUUGUUGGUAUGGGUGACGAAGCAACAGACGAAGCAUUCCAGUGGGCCAUCGGAUACCCUGAUGUUGUAAAGGCAUGCGGUGAGGUGACACGUUUUAUGGAUGAUUUGGCUGCAUCUAAGCAUGGCAAGAACAAAUUGGAUGUGGCUAGCUCCCUGGAUAGCUAUAUCUACCAAUAUCAUGUUACAAGUGAUGUAGCUAUCGCCUUCCUAGAUAAUCUUGUUGAAGAUGCAUGGAAAACUACCAAUCAGGCACGAUUUCAGUGUCGUACAUUGCUCCCAUUUGUAAACCGUGUUGCUAACCUCACCAAGAGCAUGACCUUGUUGUUCCGUGACAAAAGUGACCUUUACACAUUCAGUCGUGGCAACAAACACAGGAUCCAUCAGCAUUUCGUUGAGGCUAUCCAUCCUAGAUUGUAA